AUGUCGCAGCCAGUAGUAACCAUUAUCGUUGCUGCACUUAAACCUUUGUAUGGGAUAGGAUAUAAGGGUAGUCUUCCUUGGCGAUUACGUAAAGAGAUGGCCUAUUUCAGACGGGUCACGACGCGUACGGUUGAUCCAUCGUUAAGAAACGCGGUAAUUAUGGGGAGGAAAACUUGGGAAUCUAUACCGUCCAAGUUCAGACCUUUGCCUAAUAGGCUAAAUGUCAUAUUAUCCCGAUCGUUUGAGAAUAAAAUAAUUGACGAUGACGUAUUGCAUGCAAAGUCGGUUCAAGAUUCGUUACGACUUAUAAAAGACAAGAACAUUGAGCGAGUGUAUGUCAUUGGUGGUGCUGAGAUAUACAAUGAGUUUAUUAAAAGUGGAUUAGUGGAUAAUGUUUUGUUGACCGAGAUUGAAAAUACCGAGGAGGAACAGCUUGAAAUGGAUACGUUUUUGAAAUUUGAUGCCGAUCAAUGGAUUAAACUGUCUAAAUCGGACUUAAUUGAAUUCACGGGAGAAGAAGCCAUUGAUGACGAUAUACAAGAAAACAAGUUUAGUUACAACUACACAUUAUGGCUGAAACAAUAG